UUAUUCCGUGGCAUUGCUUCACGAAACCGUCAACUAGCAACAUUUAACAAUGUUUAAAUAUCUGUCGGGUCUGGUUUUUAUUUUUUGGUGUCAAACACAAGGAUAUGCAUUCGCUCAAACUGACAUUAAGAUCCUUCCGUUAACAUCGUUAAAAUCAAAUAAUCCCAACAACAGUGAAAUUGCAGGGGAGCUCGAAAAGAGACCCGUGGUUGUUUUAAACGGACACAAUAAUUAUCACGUGGCUCAGCAAGUAUUUUACAUAUACAACGAGCAACAAAAGCGAUUGUUACCGAAUAAUAAGGAAAGAUUGGAUGGUUACGUUGUCACACCUAGUAUGGGUGCUCACAAGCUUAAUCCACGUAAGCUCACCUGGAAUAAAGCUCGCCAGGCUUGUAUCCAGGAAGGAGGUCAUUUGGCGAUUAUCAAUUCGGAAUCGGAGGAAAAGAUUCUUUUGCGUAUGCUGCAAGAGGGAAACAUCAACUUGGCUUGGCUCGGGGUUCAUGAUUAUUUUGAAGAGGGCGAUUGGGUUACCGUUAAAGGCGAGGCCUUAGAAAAUACUGGGUACAUGAGAUGGACGACUAAAUGGCCGAAUGUACCUGAUAACUUUAACGGUCAAAAUUGCGCGGUUCUCAUUAAAGAAGGCGGGAUGGAUGAUGACAAUUGUCAUACAACAGCUGCCUACUUUUGCGAGAUCCCUCUGUAAAAUAUAUUAUCUUAUUGAUAGAGAGAUCUAGUAGCUGAUAGAUAAUCACGCGUGUGUACAUUUGUAAUAAUACGUACAUGUAUAAAUAAAUGAGCAACUCCAUUUA